GCACUUCAUGCGUCGCUUUCCCUCUGGUUGUACAACUGAUAAACAUCAGCUGUACAGUGUAUUCAUGGGGAAACUGAAGCAGUGCAUUUUCAAGUAUGACGAGGGUGUCCUUAAUCUACUGAAGACUGCAAAGCGGGAUGAGAUGGUCCAGAAGGUAUUCCCAACCCCACACAUGAUGACGUCUUUCGAAAGUUGUCUUCCAGCGAGCUCCAACAACACUGUCGAAGGGUGACCCGAGGGACAGCAGAAACAUCAAGACUGAUAUCUAGUCUGCUGGAAUCUUUGGAUGGUUCUAAUGGCUGCGAUACCCAAGGAGCACCCCUUAUUGACAGUAGGAGAAUGAAGCAGCUUUGGGAUGUCCAGAGUCGUCAUGUAGACUGUAUCCAGGAUCCCCCUGAUCUGCAGCUUUACACCCAGGUGAAUACGUUGAAGAAAGGCAACCUCAUGCUACCUGUUUACAGGUGUGCAAGAGGCUCAACUUCUCUGGAAAGUUUCCACCUCCAUAUGAACAGGUUUAUUCCAGUUAAGUAUAAAAUUUCAAACAAGAAUUUGACUUUUUAAUUUCAGAAUGAUAUGCUUUUAUUUUAUAUUAAAAAGUCAGCUUUGAAUUUCCAUAGGAACCCUUGCGAAGGACAUCAAUUUCCAGGUGUGUGUGUUGGAUGGCCUUUUCAGGUGGAAUACUGACCGGCAGAGUUCUGCAGUGCUUGAUAGUCAGCAACAGAAUCCAAUGACGUACAGUGGACCUCUGAAGAAUGCAGUAAAUAGGCUGUCGCAGGAGGUUUUGGGAAAAGAUAUGUUCCAAGACUACAAACCACCCGGAAAAUAUACUGGGGAGCUAAUUGGAAUUGAGUAUCUUUACUCCCAAACUGGAGAAGGUGUAGCAGAUUACACCAGCACAGCCAGACAGCUGUUAGAGGGCCCUGAUACCGAGGACAUGGAGAUGUACCGUGAUCCUGAGGCAGAUGAAGGAUUUGAAGAGCUGGAUGAUGUGACGGAUCCCACUACAGAUAUUUUGGACUUGGGUCCUGAUUUUACAAGGGUAGAACAUGAGACCCAGGAUUCCACACACUCACCAACUCCCCAAACAAUCCUUCAUAUUCCCUCAGACACGGAGUACAGACAGCUGAUGGUGCAGAAAGAUGAAGGCACGUGUAUGUCUAAAUUGCUCUGA